CAAAAUCCAUUGCAGCACCCACUCUCAUUUCUCUGCUAUAUUAACCACCAGAAUCCAAAUAUGAAAAGCUUCAAUAAAACUUGAUAACUUCUCCUCCAUGACUACGGGCUCAAGCCAUGAUUCUCCCUUCCUCACCAUUCAAGUAGAAAGGAAUCCGUCUCCUUCGCGGUUAUCAGAGCUCAGGACGAAAUCAUGGCCAAAAUGGGGCUGCCCUCCAGGAAAAUACUAUCUGAAAUUUGAUGCAGAGGAAAUAUGUUAUUUUCUCAAGGGGAAAGUUAGAGCUGACAUAAAGGGGAUAUCAGAGGGUGUAGAGUUUGGAGCCGGAGAUCUUGUUGUCAUUCCUAAGGGGCUUAGUUGCACCUGGGAAGUCCUUGUAGCAGUUGAUAAAUACUAUAAGUUUCAGUGAUCUCCUUCUACUGAUGCCAGUAUGUUUCUGUGGUUUUAGAAAUGUUGUAAUAUUUGUUCAACUACAACAUGGUUGUAAGAUUUCAUCAUGAUUUUUCUGGCCUGGUAAUUAUGAAGUUGGCUUUGUUAAGGAAUUCCUGAAGAAUACCUCAUAAAGGUUAAAAUAGUAAGU